UGUGUACCUGCUAAUAUUCUCCUCAGUCAUGUCCACUGUAGAUUCAGUCGGUCAGUAACCUGUCCACUCGACCAAAUGGCGAACCUUUGCAAAGAAAAUGAGACUGCGAAAUCUAUUUUCCGGCGGCUGGAGUGUGCAGUCACUCCACUGGUGUCAGGAGACUACGGACACAGAGACAUAGCCGGGAUGUCGUCCAGGAUUUCUUUCUCUCAGUACCGACUGGAGGCGGAGAUUGAGCGCUGCCGUGCUGAGUGCCAGUGGGAUAAGAUCCCACCUCUGCUGGAGCAGCUGGCAGCAGCUCGGCUGCAUGAACAAGAUGACUAUGGGACAUUGCUGUUGGCUGAGGCUCUGUUGGAGGAGUGUCUGCUGGAGAAUGUGACUUUACUGAAAAACUCCACGCCCCUGUCUGACCAAACUCAGCCCAAACUAGCCAAAGCCAAAGCCCACCUCAACAGCCUCCUGAGCAGAGGACGUCUGGAGCCACAUUACCUGAAUGAGGCUCUUCUCCUGCUGGCCAAAGUACACUAUGUACAGGGUUGCUACCGGGACGCCCAGGGAAUGUGUGCCCGAGCUGGCAUUGAAGAAUUCACACGCGAUGAACAGCCCGUUUACCAUCUGCGCCUGCUGGCAGAGGCCUUCGUCAUCAAAGGUCUGUCUCUGGACCAUCAGACCGUGUCUGCUGCUUCACGCGUUCGUCUCUCUGAGAGGGAGGAGGAGUGUUUGUCCUGUUAUCUCCGGGCCUGUGAUACUGCACUGCUCUACCUGCAAGAGCUAGACAAGACUGUUAGCACACCAAGCGCCAAGACAGCCAAAAGCAGCAUGUCAUCUCCUCCAGUAGAAGUGGACCCAGGCUACUUCCUGCAGGCUGCUCUCCAGAGCGCAUACCUGUGCCUACUGCACAAAGGUCAUUUGGCUCAGGGGACUCACCAGUUGCGUCGGGUUAUGAGAGUGGUGGAGAGUCGUGGCUCUCGUAGCUUUCGGAAGGGAGUAUCGAGGAAGCUUGCUGAGGUCUUGCUGAGCUCGGUCAGUGAGGACAGUUACUGGGGGCCGCUGUCCACCCCACCCCCCGCCUGGCUGCACAUGGAAGGGGCCACUCAUCCGAAAGACACCAUCUACCCCUCCUCCAGACCACCGCAGCGCUACAGCACAGAGGGAGCGUUCUGUCCGCAGGACGUGGUGGAAGAGGCUGUGCUCCUGCUGCUCAUCACUGAAUCAAUGGCCAGUGGAGAAGCAGUGAUCAGCCGCACACCGGAGCACCAGGAGGCGCGGGAGGCUAGUAUUCAGGAGGCCUCCUCUGUGUACGACAUGCUCAGCAUCGGCAUGGCCAGGAGGGGGCAGUACGCCAUGCUGUCUCAGUGUUUGGAGCGGGCCAUGAAGUUCUCCUUUAAUGAGUUUCACCUCUGGUACCAGCUGGGUUUGUCUCUCAUGGCUAGUGGAAAGGCUGAAGGGGCAGUAUCCGUGUUUAAAGAGUGUGCCAGAAUGAAACCUCAGGACCCCAUGCCACCACUGCUGGCAGCCAAAGUGUGCAUCAACCAGCUGCACUGGAUAGAGGAGGCUGAAGCUCUUGCACAAAGUGUGGUUGCUUUGGGAGAAGGAGCUGAAGAGUCUCUUGCCAGAGCUCACUUGGCAAUCGGCCUGUGCUGUAGUCUACGAGCUUCAGACGCCACGCUGAAAGGUGACCGGGAUGAGUUCAACAGAAGAGCUUUACAAGCCCUGCAGAAAGCACAUGAAGUGGACCCCCAGGACCCUCAGAUUGCCCUCUAUCUUUCUCUUCAGCUUGCCUUGGUGCGACAGGUGUCAGCAGCGAUGGAGCCUCUGCAGUUGGCUCUGCGUCUGCGCAGCGAUGACCUGCACUCCUUGCACCUGCUGGCUCUCCUGCUCAGUGCCCAAAAACACUACCAACACGCCCUCGACACUCUGACAGUCGCCCUCAACCAAUAUCCUGAGAACUUCAACUUGCUCUUUACUAAAGUGAAACUGGAGGAGGCUCUGUUCGGUCCUGCUGUAGCGCUGCAGACGUGUGAGGACAUGCUUCAGUUGUGGCAGAGCCGUUACGACUUUGCCCGGCCCAGUGAGGUUGAUGACAGUAGCAGUAUCCCUCCUCCUGAGCCAAGCCCAAUAAGCAGAAAGUCCAGCGGCUUACACCUCACUCUACCGGACUUCCAGGAGACGGAAACCGGAUCUCAGAGCGCUCCGUCUCUGGCUGUGUCUCGGCUGGAGCAGGCCAUGUCUGAGGUGUCUGCCAUCAGCUCCACCCACAGGCAGGGCCCCGCGUACAUCUGGACCACCCUGGAGCGUAUCUGGCUGCAGGCAGGGGAGCUGUUCAUGGCGGACGGGCGAGUGAAGGAGGCACAGUUCUGUGUUCAGGAGGCAGCAGCGCUCUUUCCCACCUCCCACUCAGUUCUGCUCCUGAAGGGCCAGCUGGCUGAGCUCAGAGGCAACGAUGCCGAGGCCAAAAGUCUAUAUGAUGAAGCCCUGGCCAUCAACCCCACAGGACAACACAUAUUAAUACACAUGGGUAAGCUGUUGGUACGUACGGGGCGGGUCGGACUGGGGGAGAAGGUUUUACGGGAUGCUGUGCAGGCCCACAGCGUGUCCCACGAGGCGUGGAGCGGCCUGGGUGAGGCUCUGCAGAGCCGGGCCAGCACUCAGGCACCUGACUGCUUCCUCACCGCGCUGGAGCUGGAAGCCAGCUGCCCCAUCAGACCCUUCACAGUCAUCCCCAGAGAACUCUGAGAACACCCCGAGGGGCUCACACGCAUUCAUACACAUGCACUGACACAUAUAUUCAAACAUGCGCGAACAUGCACAUUUUAUGAAUGACAUACUUUGUCCCUGUUUUCUGUCCCCAUUUUCUUGUACGUCUCGUACUGUCAUAUGUCUCCAUUUUUUUGACAUAUAAAAUUUAUUCUGAAGACAUCUUUUCAGAAUUACUGAUCAUAGCUGCUAUCUUUUUAUAUUAUUAAGUUACUGUGCAGUUUGCAGAUAUGUAUGCAAAAGUUUGGGUACUCCUGGUCAAAUUACGUUUUGUUGAUUUUCUACGUGAAAAUAUGUUCCUUUAUAGAGAACACACUUCUGCACAUUUUAAUGCACAAUUAC